CGCGAAAUCCGCCCUUUUCAGUUUUCCUCCCUCUGUCACUCUCUCUCAUCUCUCUCUCUCCCUUAUUACUUUCUUCUCCCCACUUCACCGCCUUCACACGCUACUCGCCUUGGCCUCUCAGCUUUUGGCCAUUUCAUUGAUAAUUUGAUAUAUACUUUUUAACGCCACAGUGGCGCUUUGUGGACGAGACGCCUAUAAAAUCCUUUGUGAAAUUCGUGGACUAGUUUGUUCCCUUUAUCUCUCUCUAAUCUCUCGUGCACACUCUUUUUCCUUCCUCCUCCUUCUGUCUUCCAGAGACCCCCACCGUCUCUUCCCUUUCUGAUUCUCUGAUCCCGAUCAUGGAGGAUGGCAAUGUGCUGCCUACUCAAGAUGGGGCUAUCUCAGUAGCUUCUGCAUUUGCUGGUCAUCAAGAAGCUGUGCAGGACAGAGACCACAAGUUCUUGACUCGAGCUGUUGAAGAAGCAUACAAAGGUGUUGAUUGUGGGGAUGGAGGCCCGUUUGGGGCAGUUGUUGUUUGCAAUGACGAAGUAGUCGUGAGCUGUCACAACAUGGUUCUCAAACACACCGACCCAACUGCUCAUGCCGAGGUCACAGCUGUUAGGGAGGCUUGUAAAAAGCUCAACCGAAUCGAACUGUCAGAUUGUGAAAUCUAUGCAUCCUGCGAGCCGUGCCCAAUGUGCUUCGGUGCCAUCCAUCUCUCCAGAAUCAAGAGGUUGGUCUACGGGGCGAAAGCUGAAGCAGCAAUAGCAAUAGGGUUUGACGAUUUCAUUGCCGAUGCUUUAAGAGGUACAGGUUUUUACCAGAAGGCUAAUUUGGAGAUCAAGCAGGCCGAUGGGAAUGGAGCUGUUAUUGCAGAACAAGUGUUUGAAAGGACCAAAGCCAAGUUUACCAUGUAUUGAUUGUUGGUAAUGAUAGUUUUUUUAACUUUCUUUUUCUUACUGCAAUCAGCUGGACUGAGGGUUGAAUUUGGGUGCUUCAAAGUGCAGAAAACUGUUGACUACUUUUGUUUUUUUUCCCCCCAAUCUGAUUACCUGUUCAAGUGACAAUGUAAUUGAUUGGAACCCUUCAAUUGUAUUGAUCUCUAAACCUAAUGUGUAGAGCAAAGAAAAAGAUCAGAUUUUUCAUUUGAAAGUACUCUUGUGUUGUUCAUGUAGCAAGC